UACAGCACAGAGAUACAGACAUGACACCUACAAUCAUCUCAAAGGAGCAUCUCCCUCUCAACAACAAGAUGAGAAAGCCGACAGUGGAGAAGAUGCGCAGAGAACGUAUCAACAGCAGCAUUGAGCAGCUCAAGUGUCUUCUGGCUCCAGAGUUCCUCAAGCAGCAGCCUGAUUCCCAGCUGGAAUAUCCAGAUAUCCUGGAGAUGAAGACACAGAGAAGACACUUGCAGAACCUGCAGACAUCAUGUGAGCAGAACAGGAGGAAAAGUGUCCUGCCUCAGCUGAACUCCUCAGACCAGAACACCUUCAGUAAAGAGAUGAAUGUCAACAAGAGCGCCGUCUGGAGGCCUUGUUAGAGCCCUACAUGAACUGAUCAUAGACAAAACAAUUCUGUUUCUUGUUCUAGUUCCUCUAUGGAAAAGAUAUUUGUACUGUAAAGUACUCUGAUGAUUCAGUCUUCUAUGAAGUCUCCAUGUAAAGAAUUCCAGAUGGGAAAAUAUACUGAUGUCUAUAUUAGACAACAUUACCUUUUAUAAGAAGCUUGAUUUUCCAUUGUUUCUAACAUACUGAAGUUUUAUUCUAAAAGCUGAUUCAGAGGCAAUUUGCACAUCAAAUGUGAUAUGAGAUGUUUUCAUUUCGGAUAUUCAUGUCAUGGCAAGAAUCUGACUCAUUAUAAACUCUGUGCUGUUUAUUUCAAGUGGCUCAAAUUGGGCUCAAAUUUUACCACCACUGAUAUUAUCAGCCAAUAGAGACUUUGCGUUUCAUAUUUUCUUUCUUUGCUCUAUAACAGACAUGAAUGAAAUACACCUUGUUUUAAGGGGUUUGUAAGUGUUAAUUGUUUCCUAUUCUCUUUUCAUUUGUCAUCAUUAAGACUUCUGUGAAGGUUUAUUUUUCCAUGAGACACUUUGUGAACGUGUCAUGUUGAUGUGUGAUUUUAAUUGAUCAUGUGAUCAUUUGAUUUCUUCUGUGAAGGUGAUUAAAGUUUAAAAGAUG